AUUUAUAAAAAAGUGAAGAAAUAACAUACAAAUAAUUUCCAAUACAUGAUUAGAAGCAUGCUCCUCUAAUUUUAUGGAGUGGAACUCUACUUUUUUUUUUGGACAUACCCCUUUUUUGCUUUAAUUUCGUACAUAGCACCCAAAAUAGUCUAUGUUCAUUUUAUUGCUAACUUAUAUAUAUAGUGCAAUAGAGAAAACCACUCAUUAUUAUUCUUCAAGAAGAGAAAAAAAAGAGAGAAAAAAUGGAAUGGAGAAAAUGUUAUUUGGAUGUAAUUUUGGUGCCAUUAGGGUUUAUAAUAUGCAUGGGAUAUCAUAUUUGGUUAUGGCAUAAGGUUAAAACUCAACCUCUUAGUACUAUUAUUGGAACUAAUUCUAAUGGAAGGCGUUUGUGGGUUGCAGCCAUCAUGAAGGACAAUGAGAAGAAAAACAUCUUAGCAGUCCAGACAUUAAGAAACACAAUAAUGGGAGCAACCUUAAUGGCCACAACAUCAAUCCUUUUAUGUUCUGGUCUUGCAGCUGUAAUAAGCAGCACUUAUAGUGUCAAAAAACCAUUAGAUGAUACAAUUUAUGGGGCACAUGGUGAAUUCAUGGUGGCACUAAAAUAUGUUACACUUUUACUAAUUUUCCUAUUCUCAUUUCUUUGUCACACAUUGUCAAUUAGGUUCAUUAACCAAGUGAAUUUCCUCAUCAAUUGUCCACAAGACAAUUUGGGAAUAGUAAGUCCAGAGUAUGUGUCAGAGUUAUUAGAAAAGGGAUUUGGUUUGAACACUGUGGGGAAUAGGUUGUUUUAUGCAGCUUUGCCUCUUUUGCUUUGGAUUUUUGGGCCUGUUUUGGUCUUCUUGUGUUUUGUUACUAUGGUACCUAUGUUUUAUAAUCUUGAUUUUGUGUGUUCUCAUCAAGAAAAGGGUAAAAUAGAGUACCCUUGUGAGAAUGGGAGUAUUAGUGGUAGUGAAUUUGUAUCUGUGUAAGAAAAGAGAUAUUUGGAUGAUAGACUAUGUAUUUUAUCAAUAUAAUCAAUGUUGUAAUUGUUGAUAUAUUAGUUAUUUAAAGUUACUGUAUUUAUGGCUUUAUGCCCCAUUUAUUAUUAUGAUAAUGAAUAUUAUUGGA